CUCUCUCUCUCUCUCUCACACACACACUCACACACUGUAACCGUUUUGUAAGUUAGCUAGCGAGAGCUGACUACUGAGUAUGGCGGAGUCACAGAAACCGUCGUCGUUUAACGAAUCUGGCAUAUACUUCUUCAAUGACGAUUCAAACGCCGUUUUCCUGGACCCCGUUCGCGUUCUUAACCGUUCCUAUAACAGAUUCAAUGUCUCUCCUUCCACCUACUAUCCUCGUUUCUUCGAAUCUCCGCGUAACGAACCUCUCUCGACCACCGUAACUACCUCGGAACAACAACCAAAACGGAAACGGAAACGGAACAAGAAGAAGGAACCUCCACCGUUGAACGCCAGAGAACAAAUCGCCAAUCGUCGUCACCAGGAAGUAAGGCCUUUGUUGUUGAAGGCACAUGAGAGUUUGCUACAAUGUACCGAAAUGUUGGAUGUAUUGAGAACCUUGAGAAAUGAUUCUUGUGGCUGCUCAAAGUGCUGCUCUUGGAGGUGACACUGAAUAUGCCUCUCCGUGAGCCUCAACAGCAGCUAAUUGAGAUUAAUGAUGACUUUGCAAAUGUGCAAUGCUGUGAGCAGAGGGUGCUUCCUGCAUUCAAUAAUUUGGUCACUAACGACACUGAGGAUGAUACUGUAGCUGAAAUUUUGAACAAUCAUUAUAUAGUGCCUCGACAGAGUUAUUUUUACAUGUCUGAUCUGGGACAGAUUCGCAAUCUAAUUCCUGCUAAUGCUGACUCUGGUUUCAACCUUAUAGUAGUAGAUCCACCAUGGGAAAAUGCUAGUGCCUACCAGAAAUCAAGGUACCCAACCCUGCCCAACAGAUACUUUUUAUCCAUUCCUAUUAAGCAACUUACUCACACUGAUGGUGCACUUGUAGCCUUAUGGGUGACCAACAGAGAGAAGCUUCGCAGUUUUGCAGAGAAUGAGCUUUUUCCUGCAUGGGGAGUUGGCUAUGCUGCUACUUUUUAUUGGCUAAAGGUGAAAGCAAAUGGAUCCUUGAUUGGUGAUAUUGAUCUCUUCCAUCAUAGACCAUAUGAAUGCCUUAUCCUGGGAUACAUUGCUGGGAAGGUGAACAAUUCUUCUAAUCAUUCAAAAUUUAAACCUGUGAAGGAUCAUCAUGUGAUUAUGACCAUUCCCGGUGAUUACUCAAGAAAGCCCCCAAUUGCAGAUUUGUUAUUGGAUUAUGUUCCUGGGCUCCGACCUCCUCGAUGCAUAGAACUGUUUGCUAGAGAACUGACAGCUGGUUGGGUUUCAUGGGGUAACGAACCCCUUCACUUCCAAGAUUCUAGAUAUUUUGUCAAAAGAUAGAUAGAUAAGAUACCAUACUUCUUUGCAGCAAGGUGCUAACCAAGCGACCACAGGUUUAAUUUUUUCUUCUUCUCUCCUCGCGGGGUGGCAUAAGGUUUAUGCGCUAGGCCGGAGUUUUGUGCAUUAUGGAGUUCAAUAGAUAGAUGAUUCUUGUACAAGUGAAAUAUGACCAAAUUUUUGUUCAUGCUUGAAUUUGUAUCGUCUAUUUCUCGUGCUGCUUUUUUGCUGCAUGUUAUGUUGACUGAAUGUUAUUUAGGGGUUCAACUUAUCCGAUUAGAGGAAUUAUGACUGCUGUUCC